UCGGGAAAGAUACCUUUUGACCCAGCUUAGUGGCCGUAGGCGGCCGAGCGCCGGCGGCGGGGCAUUGUGGGAGAAGAUGGCAGCCGCCGUUCACCCCCGAGUUGUCCGGGCCCUGCCAAUGUCACGUUCUUCUGUUACUACAAUAGCCACAUCUGUGUUUCGUGGCCCACCCCAGCGCCAGCUUCAUCCUGCACUCACACCUCAUGGGAAAGGUGGGCGUUCCUCAGUCAGUGGGAUUGUGGCCACUGUGUUUGGAGCAACGGGAUUCCUGGGCCGCUAUGUUGUCAACCACCUUGGUCGCGUGGGGUCACAGGUGAUCGUCCCCUACCGGUGUGAGCCAUAUGAUACCAUGCACCUUCGCCCAAUGGGUGACCUGGGCCAGAUUAUCUUUCUGGAAUGGAACGGGAGAGACAAGGACUCGAUCCGAAGAGCUGUGGAGCACAGCAACGUGGUCAUCAAUCUCGUUGGGCGAGAAUGGGAAACCAAAAACUUUGGUUUUGAGGAUGUUUUUGUAAAGAUUCCCCAAGCAAUCGCUCAAGUGUCCAAGGAAGCUGGAGUUGAAAAAUUUAUUCACGUUUCACAUCUGAAUGCCGAUAUUAAAAGCUCUUCUAAAUAUCUGAGAAAUAAGGCUGCUGGAGAGAAAGAAGUGAGAGACGCAUUUCCAGAAGCUACCAUCAUAAAGCCAUCGGACAUCUUUGGAAGAGAGGAUAGAUUCCUCAAUUAUUUUGCAAGUAUUCGAUGGUUUGGUGGUGUCCCUCUUAUUUCCUUGGGCAAGAAGACAGUGAAACAACCAGUAUAUAUUGUGGAUGUCACCAAAGGAAUUAUUAAUGCAAUUAAGGAUCCAGAUGCCAGAGGGAAAACUUUUGCCUUUGUUGGGCCCAGUCGGUACGUCCUCUUUGACCUGGUGCAGUACAUCUUUGCCGUGGCUCACAGACCCUUCCUGGCAUACCCUUUGCCACAUUUUGUCUAUCGAUGGCUAGGUCGACUCUUCGAAAUUAGUCCGUUUGAGCCCUGGACCACGAGGGACAAAGUGGAGCGGGUUCACAUCACAGACAUGACCCUGCCUCACCUGCCCGGCUUGGAAGACCUGGGUAUUCAGGCCACGCCCCUGGAGCUCAAGGCCAUCGAGGUGCUGCGACGUCACCGCACGUACCGCUGGCUGUCUUCUGAGAUUGAAGAUGUGAAGCCGGCCAAGACAGCCACUGUUUAGUGGCCCCUGAGCUGCCCUUGUUUUUUGGUGUCAUUCGGGUCACUAGCGACCAGGCCACCUUUGGCAGAGAAUCCUGUACAUAGUGCCUAAGAGCCCCUAUUAAAACAUCUGAGAUCAAAUUCUUUGCCAACAUUUUCUUUCUUGAUUUACAAAGGGAGAGAUUCAGCCAUCUAGAAUUUGAGCAUUAUUUUCUUUAAAUUUAUAUAUUUAAUGCUGACACCUAUAUAUCUUAUUCUCUGAAAUCCUGGAAGAUUUGAAUGUCCUUCUGUCAGGCCACUUGUUGUGAAUGUUCCGGAAGAUGAGAACCGCUUUUUAAGGUCGGAAUAUUGUGAAGCCCCCGUGUGAUAUAUGAUGCCUUUUAAUAAACGCUAAUUGAGAAAAGACACAACGUCCCAUAACUAAUCUGAACUUACCCAUACUUUGGGUAUUUUUAAACGUUUAUCUUAAUGAUCUCUACACACAUUUAAAAUAUAGGACAUACAUGGAAAACCGUUGUCUGUAGCCAUGGACCCUCCGACUACCUGCAAUAAUUCCAUAGUCUUCUGCCCAGCUCUGAACUUGCCGAGGCCUCUGCCCGCCUGCGGUUAGGACAGCCUCUAGACGGUUUCAGACACGUGGGUGCACAGGGAUCCCCUGCCGCGUAAAGGAGCGCCAGCGCGUCGGAAUUAGGACUGUUUGCAUAAGUUGUCAGCCUCACAGCCGAGAUCCAGGUGCACAGUUGGUUCAGUGGCGGCAAGUCCCUCAGGACAGUGUGAUGACAGACUCCCAGGGUUUGUGGUGAAGCUAAUGCACCACCUUCCUCGGCGGCCCAGGGUUGGUCAUGCAGCCGACCGCGGUGCAGCGCCUCAGUCUGUGGGGUGGGAAGGUCAGUGAAAGCCCUGUUCAUUUACAGUAAUGUCCGCCUCAGCCUUGCGGAGGGAGGAACGUGAGUGCUUACGUGCGUUCUCUCCCUGACCCCUCUGCAUGCUCCAGAAUCUUUUGUCCCCGGAUGGACAAAAGUGUGAUUUCUGGACCAGAAGCGUCAGCACCCCCUGGGAGCUUGUCGGGAAGGCAGGCCCAUCCUGAUCUGUUGAAUCAGGAUCUGCAUUUUUAAAACGUCCCCGGGAGAUUUUUGUGCACAGUGGUGUGAAAAGCACUGAUGUGCAGAAACGCUGCAUCUCAGGAGUGUGACUCCCGUUACUAAUUCAAGCGGUGGAGCCCCACCCCAGACCUGCUGAGUCAGGACCUCUAGAGACAGUGAUGCACGUCAAUUAAAUCUCAGUGAAACUGGAGGAAAAAAAUAAAACAAUAUUACAUGAUGAAUCUGAAAAAAAAAAAAGAAUCUGAUGAAAGGGCCUGGGAGUUUUAUUUUCCUUAAACAUGCCGGUUUAUCCUCAUGCACACUAAUACGUGAGAAUCAGUCUUUUAGGGAAAGGAGUCCAACCCUGCUUCCCUUUUUUUCUUCAGUUAAGAGAUAUCUUGUUGGUUUGGAGGAUACUUCUGCCAGCCACAAGCCAGCCAGCAGGCACACAGAUGGGUGGAUUUGAUUUGAAAACAUGAUAAUUGUGUGAUGUACAGUAUCUGUGUGUUCUAGCAACGCUAUUUCUCAUCGGUUUGUAUCCUAACUCAUGAUGUUGCAUACUUGCUUUCUCUAAAACCAUAAUUUACCCAAGAUGGUUCUUUCCUGUCACACCUGAUGCCCCCUUUUUAUAUUUUGUAAUACAUCCUUUAUUAAUUAUUCUUUU